CCAUGUAUUCCACACUCGACAUGUUCUCAAUAUAUUUCUUUGUUUUAACACCAUCUUUAACAUUUAGGGUAGAAUUUUUUGCUUUGGCCAUGGAACACAAGCCACUCAAUCUUGGACAGGGUUUUCCAGAUUUUGCUCCACCACAGCACGUCAUUGAUGCGUUGGCAGAUGUCUCCAAGUCAGACAAUGUUUUGUUGCAACCAUAUACCAGAGGAUAUGGUCACCCACGUCUGAUUCAAGCCCUUGCAAAACUCUACAGCCAACACAUUGGCCGAACCGUUGAUCCCUUGACUGAAAUCUUGGUUACAGGUGGUGCUUACGAAGCUUUUUUCUGCACCAUCAUGGGCUGUGUCAAUCCUGGAGAUGAAGUCAUCAUCAUUGAGCCCUUCUUUGAUUGUUAUGAGCCCAUGGUUCGCCUCGCCGGGGGAACCCCUGUCUUCAUCCCACUUCGUCCUAAAGCUGGCGGAGAGGGCCAUUCCUCUGAAUGGAUGACGCAGAGCUCACGUCCAUAUUCACCGACCGCACCAAAGCCAUCAUAGUCAACACUCCAAAUAAUCCCCUGGGAAAAAUCUUUACGCAAAAGGAACUCGAAUUUAUUGGACAGUUGUGCAUCAAAUUUGACGCCUUGUGCAUCAUGGACGAAGUGUACUAGUGGCUCGUGUACGAAC